AUGGAUGAAAAUAGUGAUGAAACAAUAACAUUUGAUGAAUUUCUUAAUUUUGUUUCAAAUAUCUAUGGAUAUAAUUAUAACCAAAAAAUAACACUAUCAAAUAAUAUUGAAAUGAAUUCAAUUUUCUUUGGCAGAGAUUAUAAUAAAGAUAGAAUUCUUAAUUUGGAUGAAUUUCUUGGAAUUAUAGAUAAAGACCAUUAUAAAAUUAAUAAAGAAAAAGAAGUAACAACGAUGACAACACCUUUUGAUUUAUUGGAACUUAAUGGCACUACUACAACAAAUAUUUUUAUUACAAGUGAAAAAAUGGAUGAUAGUACAAUUAUCUCUGAGAGUACAACAUUAAAUCAACAACUAGAAAAAGAAAAUUAUCAAAACCUUUCAACACUAACAACAUCGACAACAGAAGCAAUCGAGUUCCCAACAAACAAAACUUCAAUCAUUCCAACAAUACCAACAACAAUACCAAUUUCUUCAACACAACCAACAAUAAUUAAUUCAUCAAAUGUUACAUUAUUAUUGCCAUCAACAACAACCCCAACAAUAAGCUUAUUGGAUUUACUAACAACAUCAGCCAAUAUAUUAUUAACUGAACAACCAAACACAGAAACAACAUUAAAAGAAAUAACAGAAACUAUUAAUUCGACAAUUACUCCAACAACAACAACAAACAAUAUGAACAUUUAUAUCUCAUCAUCAAUUUUACCACCAAUAUCAGACACAACAAAUGAACUUCCUACAGAAAUGACAACGAACUUAAUCAAUUUGUCAUUAGCUUCAUCAAAAAUGACAACAAAUCAACAAACAUUAACUGAAACAAUAAACAAUUAUACAAUUUUACCAACAAUAUUUAACUCAUCAAUCGAACCAGAAACAACCUUUAUAAAUUUAACAAAUUUCUCAACAAGCCUCACAACAUCCAAACCUGAAGGCUUAAAUGAAAGUUCUACAACUCCAAAUUUUUCUGAUUUUUUAAUUUCUAGUACUACAAAAAGUUCAAAUGGCAACGAAGGAAAAUCAACAAAUUCUAAUUUAAAUUUUCCGGAUAUUAUACCAGAAGAUUGGCAAGUGAUUCCAUAA